AUGGCCAUCACCAUCCUCCCGCCAGUGGUGGAGGAUCUCGGUCUCCGUCGUACAGAUUACGAUGAGUCCAUGUCCGAUGACGACUCCGACGUCGAGAUGGGCGGCGUCGACAUCAGCGGCGCCUCACGACCAAGCAAGCGACCCCGCCUUGGAGAUAAGAAGAUCGGCGAGGGAAUUGUCAUACCAGGAGAGGUCAUAACCGCUGACACGCAAUACAUGAGGUCAUGGCACCUUUAUGAACCCUUUGUCCACUUCAAUCAUUGCUACUGUCGCUGGAACAUCCCAAAAGACAAACAAAUUGAUGUCCGUUACCCCCUCCGCGCCCGAUACCAACCAGAAAUUGGUGAUCUAGUUGUUGGACGCAUUGUCGAGGUCCAGGGCAAGCGAUGGAAGGUUGACGUCGCCGCGCCACUCCUCGCACAGCUCCCCUUAUCCGCGAUUAACUUGCCCGGUGGUAUUCUUCGACGACGAACAAGCGCCGACGAGCUUCAAAUCCGAACUUUCUUCAGCGAGGGCGACCUUGUGGUCGCGGAAGUGCAGAGCGUUCACCAAGAUGGAUCUGCUUCGCUUCACACUCGAUCCUUGAAAUACGGAAAAUUGCGGAAUGGUGUAUUCUUGGCCGUCACUGGAACCGGAGGCAAUGGGGCUUCCAACUCCAGCACGAAGGGAGGCAUUGGAUCCGGGUCCUCGGGCGCUGAUACUUCUAAUGGCGGGGGUGGCGGUGUCGUUCGAUCACGACGACAGGUAUGGACCAUCGAUGCACACAACGGCGGCGGUCAGGUGGACGUUAUUCUCGGAGUGAAUGGCUACAUCUGGAUUUCUAAGCAUGCCGACGGAGCGGAAGCAGCCUCAUCUACCACCGAGAGUGUUUCGAUUACGCGCAUGGAAGAGAUGGUAUCAAGUUCGAUUUACUCCAGCCAAAACGAUGAGAUCCCGCCGCAGACGCGCCGCGAAAUUGCGCGACUGGCGCAGUGUAUCAGGGUCCUGGUACAAGGCGGCCAGCGGGUUGACGAGGAUACACUGAUGGCGACCUACGAAGCUAGCGGACAGGUGGACUUAGAAGUGGGAGACGAUGAUUAUGACGAGGAUGGUGCACAUGAAGGCCGCGGAUAUUUGGAGGGGGCCAAGGCUCGGCGGAUUUUGGAGCUGGCGAUGCAGCUGAAAUAG